GACAACUCUGUGGAUUUACAGAACAAAACUACCACCAUUCUUGGAGAAUUGUGCUUUGAUAUAAUUAUGUGGAAUAUGCUGUCAGUAAUAUUUUGUAAGCUGGAAAUGUGGCAUUUAUGGCUGGAGGGAAGAAACCGUCUUUGAUACGUUGGAUCAGUAACUCUGCUCUGAUGACCCGAAUCUGAUAUUUGCGAGGAUUUAUUUGACCGUGAAGAAAUCAUCCGUCAGCUCAUGAGCCUUGAGUCUGUUUUGGAAGUUUCCAUCUUUUACUGAAGUGUCCUUCAGCAAAUUACUGUAUUAUCUGCCUCCUCAGGGGUCGAAUGCCCCGAGCUGAAGGAGCCAAAACGAGCUUCCUGACAGGAGAUCAGUAGAGAUCACAUUGCACAAUGUUAAAGGUAUUUCUCCAGGUGAAAGGUCACGACACAAAUCGGACGGAUUGAUUACUCAGACUUCCUCAAGAAAUGAAAUGAAGAUUCAGCAGGCUGCAGAGGAGAGAGUCGCAGUCUUGUGAUCGGUAGCUGGAUAUUUUUCACCAGACAUUCAGAUUCGAGUUUAUUUUGGUUGUUUAGUAAUUAGAUUAUUAUGCAAAACAAGGCAUGACUUCAGAUGAACUUUGUCUGGACAGAUUUAGCAUCGAGGCUGGAGGAAAAAGCUCUGCCUCAGUUGAAAAUGAAAACAUUUGCAGCUCCUCUAUCAGUUGGACUCUGAUAAAUAAUGGAUGUCGCUGGUGUUUUCUCUACCUGCUGUGUCACCAAAUUUCAGAGUACAAAGGAUAUUUGACAUCCUCUCUUUCUCCUUAUUGGAUUAUUUGCUUUACUGGAGUUAGUUUCAGCCCUGGGUUUUUAUUGAUUUUAUUUGUUUUUCUAUCAUGGAUGCAUCUGUAACCAGCGAGAACAAAGUGAGCAGCACAGCAAAUCACACUCUUUAACUUUUUGAGGUCAUUUUUGGACAGUUCCAGCUACUUUUCUUUGACUUUUUAAAAUUUGUCUACCUUUUUUUUGUUUGUUUGUUUGUUUUGGAAAAGCCAGAUUAGGAUUUGGUCCUAAUCUGAAGCUCUAUGCUGUUUUUGGGGCCCAGAAGUUUAGUCUGGGCCCGGUGGCCCGACCUGCUCCCCUUACAGAACCAAUGGAAAACAGCGGCUGCAUCCCUCUCUGCUGGAGUAAAGGGGCCUGUAUCUAUGCACAGCAUCCCUUACCAAAAUAUGACGGCCAGUUAGCCCCAGCGCAAGCGUCGGAGUCAGGCAUGGCAUCGUCUUCCUACUUGGAGCCCAACCUCAAUCACUCCUCAGCGGGUGGUUGUGGGGUUAAAUCCCGGUCCGGAAUGCCCGGCGGUCCGGGCACCAGUGGCUCUGCUGGAGGUCUGGAGCGACCUCCGGGCUCCAUGGACCGGGUCCUCAAGAUCUUCCACUAUUUCGAGACAAACAGUGAACCGUGCACCUGGGCCAGUAACAUCCGGCAUGGAGACGCCACAGAUGUCAGGGGCGUCAUCCAGAAGAUAGCAGAGAUCCAUAAACUGCGCUGUGUGUCCUCUCUGGGCCUCCGUCUGACCCAUCUGCACUCUGAUGCUCUCCACUGGCUGCAUCCUGAUCUGGGCGUGUCUCAUGUACGGGAGAAAUAUGAGAAACAGCACCCCCAGGAGGAAUGGAGGUAUGAGCUGCGGAUGCGGUACCUUCCCAAAGGUUAUCUCAGCCAUUUCUCUGAAGACAAACCUUCUCUAAACUACCUCUAUCACCAGGUAAAGAGUGACUACAUGCAGCAUAUAGCUGACCAGGUGGAUCAAGAUGUUGCAUUGAAACUGGGUUGUUUGGAGAUAAGGAGGUUCUUCAGAGAGAUGCCUGGCAACGCUCUGGAUAAGAAAUCCAACUAUGAACUACUGGAGAAAGAUGUUGGUUUGAGAAGGUUCUUCCCUAAAAGUCUGCUGGACUCCCUGAAGGCGAAGGCUCUCCGUAAGCAGAUCCAGCAGACUUUUAAGCAGUUUGCUAACCUCAACGAUGAGCAGAGCAUCCACAAGUUCUUUGAGAUCCUCUCUCCCAUCUACCGCUUCGACAAAGAGUGCUUCAAAUGUGCUUUAGGGUCUAGUUGGGUAAUAUCGGUGGAGUUAGCUAUCGGGCCAGAGGAAGGAAUCAGCUACCUCACAGAUAAAGGCUCAACGCCUACACAUUUAGCUAACUUUAAUCAGGUCCAGUCCAUCCAGUACUCUGCUCUGGAGGAGAAGGACCGGAAAGGCAUGUUGCAGCUGAAUGUGGCCGGAGCUCCGGAGCCGCUCACCGUCACUACAGCGGCGCUGACCACAGCAGAAAACAUGGCCGACUUGAUUGACGGCUACUGUCGGCUCGUCUCCUCAGCGUCUCACUCGUUCAUCGUCAGAGUCCACAAAGAGGGAGACAGAGCUCUUCCUUCUAUACCAAAAGUUUCAAACCAUGAGCGGCGGAUGGAGAAGCGGAUGGACGGCGUACGAACCCGAGCUGUUUGUGUCUCAGGUCACAUUAGUGGCGAUGAAACGGAUGACUAUGCUGAGAUCAUAGAUGAGGAGGACACCUACACGAUGCCUUCAAAAUACUAUGGACUAGACCAAGCCCGGGACUAUGAGAUUCAGCGGGAUCGGAUCGAGCUGGGCCGCUGCAUCGGUGAGGGUCAGUUUGGAGACGUCCACCAGGGAGUCUACAUCAGUCCGGAGAAUCCAGCUCUGUCUGUGGCAGUGAAGACGUGUAAAAACUCAACGUCAGACAGCGUCAGAGAAAAGUUCCUCCAGGAAGCUUUGACGAUGCGUCAGUUCGACCAUCCUCACAUCGUGAAGCUGAUGGGAGUUAUCACUGAGAAUCCAGUGUGGAUCAUCAUGGAGCUGUGCACAUUAGGAGAGCUACGAUCAUUUCUCCAGGUGAGGAAGUACAGUCUGGACCUGGCAUCCCUCAUCCUGUACUCCUACCAGCUCAGCACGGCUCUGGCUUAUCUGGAGAGCAAACGCUUUGUGCACAGGGACAUCGCAGCCAGAAAUGUGUUGGUGUCUACAGUUGACUGUGUGAAAUUGGGAGACUUUGGUUUGUCGCGAUACAUGGAAGAUAGUUCCUAUUAUAAAGCAUCUAAAGGUAAGCUGCCGAUCAAAUGGAUGGCUCCAGAAUCUAUCAAUUUCAGACGGUUUACAACAGCCAGCGAUGUCUGGAUGUUCGGUGUCUGCAUGUGGGAGAUUCUGAUGUAUGGCAUCAAGCCUUUCCAGGGCGUGAAGAACAAUGACGUGAUUGGUCGGAUAGAGAACGGCGAGCGCCUGGCGAUGCCGCCUCAAUGUCCUCCGACUCUGUACAGCUUGAUGACAAAGUGUUGGUCGUACGAUCCCAGCAAGAGGCCACGAUUUAAUGAACUGAAAACGCAACUCAGCACUAUCUUAGAGGAGGAGAAGGUCCAGCAGAAGGAGAGGAACCGGAUGGAGAUGAGGAGGCAGGUCACUGUUUCAUGGGACUCUGGAGGUUCAGACGAAGCUCCACCUAAACCCAGCCUCCGUCCCUCCCUGCUGCCCACCUUCACUAUGGAGUCUGUUCCCUCUCAUCAUCAUCAUCAUCAUCAUCAUCAUCACUGCCAUCUAAACCAUCGCUUUGCCUCUCAGCUUUGCCUCUGCUCUGGGAACCUUCAUCCUUCACCUCCUCUGAACUCCUCCUCCUCUCCCUGUCAUCAUCUUCUACCAAACAUCUCCUACUACAGCAGCUCUUUGUCUCCUCCUGAAUCUAAACCCUCUCUGCUGCUUCACUCUAACAUCUGUUCAGACAGACACCACAGCACCAGUCCUCCCACUGACAGCUUCCACGUCCCUCCAGUUCUGUCCCGGUCCAGUCCGACCCUCAACGAUUGUCCCCAUGUCCACCAGAGCGUCACUUCUAAUCCUAAAGCUCUGCUGCAGCCCAGCUUUCAGCCCCAUCCCAGUGAUCCCAGCAGCCCACCCUGUCCUUCCCCUGCCCCUCUGCUCCUCUCUCCACCUCCAGCCCUCAGUCAGCCCUCCUCUACCCCUCCCAGCCUCCCUGUAACCCCCCACCCAGCUCCCUGCAUCUCCUCGCAGAGAGCCCUGAAGCCCAGUCGACCCGGAUAUCCCAGUCCGCGGUCCAGUGAAGGUUUCUACCCGAGUCCUCAGCAUCCUGGACACUACCAGAUGGCCGGAUAUCCAGGCCCUCACACUCUUCCUUCGGUGCCCAGCGCCUUGUACCCCCCACCAGCCACCAUGAUGGACACCCACCACGCUCACACUCACCCCCGACACCACGUGCACAGUCACUCACAUGUACAGCACCUUCCUCAGCCGCAUGGACCGGACAUGGCUCUGUGGGGAUCUGCAAUGGAGGACGGUGCGGUAGACUUGCAGCAGUGUGUAGAGCAGCAGUGCCUGUUAAUGGAGGAACAGCUGAUGAUACAGCAGCAGCAGAUGGAGGAGGAUCAGAGGUGGCUGGAGCAGGAGGAGAGGCUGCUGAAACCGGACUCGAGGAGUUCUAGAGGAAGUCUGGACAGAGAAGAAGGUGGACUCCAACCACCGACAGGAAACCAGCACAUAUACCAGCCCGUUGGCAAACCAGAGCAUGCAGCACCCCCAAAGAAACCUCCUCGACCCGGAGCCCAGAGCCAGAUGGGCCUGGCCUGCCUGAGUACUGGAGACAGCUACAACGAUGGAGUCAAGCUGCAGCCUCAGGAGAUCAGCCCGCCUCCCACCGCCAACCUCGACCGCUCCAACGACAAGGUGUACGAGAACGUGACGGGUUUGGUCAAAGCUGUGAUCGAGAUGUCGAGCAGGAUUCAGCCGGCGCCUCCGGAGGAAUACGUUCCCAUGGUCAAGGAUGUGGGUCUGGCGUUGAGGACGUUAUUGGCCACAGUGGAUGAGACUCUACCUCAACUUCCUGCCAGCACACAUCGAGAGAUUGAAAUGGCCCAGAAGCUGCUGAACUCUGACCUGGCAGAGCUGAUUGGGAAGAUGAAGCUAGCCCAACAAUAUGUGAUGACCAGCCUGCAGCAGGACUACAAGAAGCAGAUGCUGACGGCUGCUCACGCUCUCGCCGUCGACGCCAAGAACCUGCUGGACGUCAUCGACCAAUCACGGCUGAAGAUGAUGGCCCAGUCCCGCCCACAUUAGCCCCCUGCCGGCCGAGCUGACCAACAGCAGCAUCACGGUGGUUCCUGUUGGCGGGGCAGAGCUCCAGACUCUGGAUUAGUGACCAGAGAACCAUCAGAAUCUGGAUUCAAAUCACGCCACUGUGACUUUAUCACCUAAGAACAGAGCAAAAACAUUUCCUGAAUCAGGGACUGGCAGCUUCGCUCUCUUUGGACUGGAACACAGUGACGACUGGAGGAAGAGAGGAACAAACUGCAGCUCUGGGCCCGAGAUCCACUCAGAGGUUUAAUCAGUGGGAGGGACAUCGAGUGGAUUUACAGCUUUUAGGCAGAACCAUCGAUCUGCAACGUGCAUGAAGCUUCAGAGAGAAGGACUUUACAUCAGCACCUUUAUGACGGCUGGUACGGAACUCCUUCCUCACCACAACCAGAUGUUUCCUCUCCGGGUUCAGGUGGAUGUUUCAACCAGAAAACUCACAGUAACUAUUCUUGGUCUCCAUCCCAUCCUGGGUUCCCUCCGUCUCACCAGCUUUUAUUUAUAGACUCAGAUCACACAGAGGAGACGGAGGGAGGACCAGGAAACUUCCUGUUUCACUCACUUCUCCUUCUUCUCAGUCUUCCUCAGCUCCUCUCUGAGCAGAUUUAAAGACUCCAAAUGUGAAGAAUCCAACUCUGUCUGGGUGAACACUAAAAUCACCUUUUUUUAUUGGCUGGCUCCAUGUUUUUGUUGUUUUAAGCUGUUUUCUUCUUCUUCUCCUCCAUCUUCUUCUCCUUCUUCCUCUGUGCUGAAAACAAGCAGAUAUUCAAUCCCAGCAGUCAGAAAGUCGUGGAUUUGAUGGUUUAUUGUGAAGAGAAGGUUCUCGUGUCUCAGACUGGUCACUGAGCUUUGCUUCUUUCUUCUGUAGUCCCAAUAUUAUUCAGAUGUUCCUCAUAAGAGUGUCACACCUUUACCUGUCCAGCCACCCACCAGUGACACACACAAACCUACACCUGGAACCUUUGUGCUCAGAGUUCCAGUUUCCGUCAGGUGUCACACUUUAAAAUGCCCCCAGGGAAACAAACACAUGAAAUGUGGAGCCACAUGACUGGAACUCAAAACACUGAACUGAGAAAACCGCAGAUGUUAAUAUGGAGCCACAUAAUGACUUCUUGCUAUAUGAAUUAUCCUGGUGACCGUACUGGUGUAGCAUGGUAUACUGGUACAGAGAAGAGCAUAUUUGCACAGCACCAAAAAAACAUAAAAAAAAUAAAACCACACAUCCUAACUUUUUUAAUCCUAUUUUACCCAGAUGUGACUCCCAUGUUUAGCCAGCAAAGAAACUAUCAGAUAUCUGGGUGUUAUGGGGAUGAAAAUAUGAAAAAAAAUCAAAAAACAAACAAAACAAUCUAUUUUAUCUCCUCGUUGUUGUGUAAAUCUGCUCAUGUUGGUAUAUUGUAAGCUAUACUGGUGUGUAUCACUGGUCAAUUGUACAGAACUCGUACUAGUAAACACUGGUUUUUAUUUUGUCUUCUGGGCUCAAGCAGCCAUCCUGUCAAAUAGGAGGAAAAAACAAUGAAAUAAAACAAUGACGAAAUCA